AGUGCAAAUUUGUGUUUUUUUCGAAGAAUGUUGUUGGUGACAUUCUGCUCUGUUCGUUUCCCGAUUUAUUGCUUAAUAAAGUCAAAGAUCGUAUGCUGACAAGGCGAUCAAGAUGUCCAAAAUAAGGAGUCGGGGACCAGAAGGUCCAGAUUGCAUGGUCGUUGGCAACAUGCAUGACCUCAGGCAGGUGGACUUCCUGACGUGUGGCUCAUGCCAGAAAGAGUUCCUCCUCUCUAACAUCGUCUCGUUCAUGCGUCACAAGAAGCUGGACUGUGAUGAUACAAGUACUGCUGAUUCUGCUGACCUCUACUACCGCCUCAUCUGCCAGAUCAAGGAGUGUAAAGAACAGUUUGCCACGGCCUGGGCGCUGCUGCAACAUGUCCAGACGCGACACAUCCCCAACAUUUAUACAGCGUUACAGUUAUACACGCCGGGAAUUGAAUCUAUUCAUGUGCAGACAUCACACAGACCACCAGUGACAACAUCCAGUGGCACACUUACUUCUGUCCAACAAACAGGUGUUGAUGUGCGAUCGCUUUGCAUGCUGGGACUGGGUGAUACAUUUGACGAUAUAUCGCCGUCGGAUAUUCAGGAUAUCCAGGUAGAGAAGCUGCAAGAUGAGGACGUUCGUGGUGAACGCUCUAAAGAGGGCACAACAGUCAUGGUCACUAGUACAGAAACUCAAACUGACGCGAUGCAGAUCUGUACUGACGGGAAGUGUAAUUCUGAAAAUUGUGCUGAAAUGAAAUGUUGUGAUGAUCAGAAUUGUUGUAUAACAAUAAUGCCUGGGACGCAUGAGAAACCUAAGAAGUGCUGCAGUGCUAUUGUGCCAAAGAAACGUAAACAACAUAUGGAAUCAAAACACAUGCCGUCUGGUCAAUCAGGAGUGUCAACUCGGAGUCAGAAACGCCGUGCUGGAGAGCAACGGAGAGCGGGAGAGCUACAGAGAAGGGCUGCUGACCGUCAAUACAGCAUUAGUAGCAACAAUGAUACUAUUUUCAUCGAUGUUACAGAAUCGAAUAUGGACGUUAGUGAUGAGUUUCAGGACACACCAGAGGGGUCACCAAUGCCUGCCGAUCAAGAUGAUCAAUUCAGCCGGACAGUCACAGUCAGUAACAAAUCAGUGAUGAUCAGUGCUAAUUCUGGUUUGCAACAAACUUCAGGAACGUCCUGUACGAGCAAAGGCUCGAUGAUCAUUCAGCCUGGGAGUACUGUUACCAUUCCACCUCAAAAUCAGCCGGUGUUUCCAACGCCAACUGUACUGCCGUCUGUGGUGACGCCUUUAGCACCACGUCCCACUAACCACACCCCAGACUCAUUACCUGCUGUGCUAACCUUUCCCUACUUACUGAACUCACAAACAUCGCCACAACUUAAUCAGCAAGAAAACAUCACCAGUAUUAACUUCAGUACCAAUGGUAGUGACAAAGCUCAGAAGUUCUUCAUCACCUCUUCCAAGCCUUUCACACAGACUCUUUCAAGUAAUGGAAUCUCGCAACACGACCCUGGGGCGAGCCUUACGUUCUCUUCUCCAGGUUCUCCACAGGAUUCCAAGUCCGUCAGUGAUGAAUCGCUAGAUUUACGCGCCAGUGGCAAGAAACGUCGCUACCCAACAUCUCGUCCCUUCAAAUGUGACGAAUGUGGAAACUCGUUCAACCAGAGGAUCCAUCUCAAGAAACACUUAAGUAAACACACAGGCAUCAAACCUUAUAAAUGUGGACAAUGUGAUUACUCAACCGUCGAGAGAAGUCAUCUAAAAGUUCAUAUUAGAAUACACACAGGUGAAAAGCCGUUCAAGUGUACGUUUUGUGAAUAUGCCACGGCCCAGAACAGCACGUUAAAGAUACAUCUGAAACGUCAUCACAGCGGCAAGCAGAUGGGAUGUAGUAUUUGCGGGAAGGUUUUCAACCAGCCGAUCCAGUUGAAUAAUCAUCGUAAAGACCAGCAUGGUGCUGCGAUAGAUCUUCAGUCUGUGUCGGGGGAUGAACAGUCAAAGGAGUUUCCCGACACUUCUAAUGACGGCACUUAGUCAUGGUAUUUUAAUGUUGUAUGAAUGGUUAAAGAGAUGAGACUACUGGCUGACUUUGUGAAUGAGCAUAAGAAUCUGAAGAACUCAGUUAAAAUGAAAAUUUUUGAGUUGUCAUGCUUUUAAACUUAAUUAAUUGUACAGCAGAGGAACAAUUUCUAAUAUACCAGGUAGCUGAGCAUUGUGUGCUCAAGUUGGUUACAGGUAGCUGAGCAUUGUGUGCUCCAGUUGGUUACAGGUAGCUGAGCAUUGUGUGCUCAAGUUGGUUACAGGUAGCUGAGCAUUGUGUGCUCCAGUUGGUUACAAAGAAUGAAUUUUUGUGAUCAGAUUUUUUAUAAUGUAUUUUCGCUUUUGAGUUUGAGUGAGAAUCCGUUUUAGAUUGAAGCAUGGAUUAGUGUAAAUCAUCAUGUUCAGAGAUAUUUAUGAGAAGGUAUAUGUUGUUCACAGUAUAUUUCAAAUAUAGAACAAG